CAACACUGUUCUACUAUUUUUUAUUUAAAGGUGUCCCUGGUCUUAAAUCAAUUGGAUCAUUAGAUCCCCUACAUGUAAAACGUGCCAAGAUUACCCAAGGUGCCGAAGGUAGUCCAAUAUCGAUGAACAUGGAAUUAGUAAAUGCUGAAUUGUCCGGCUUGGGUGGAACUAUAAUAGAUGAUGCUGGAUCUAAUGGCAAUAGUUUGGAAAUGAAAUUGAGAGUUACAGUUCCUUCCUUCAAAUUGACCGGAGAUUACACAAUGCAUGGCAACAUAUUGAGCUUGGCCCUGAAUAGCAAGGGCAAGGCUUUGAUGAUAUUUGAAAAGGCCACCUUUACGCUCAACUUCCGUCUGAAAUUACGUGAAGAUGGCGCCCAAUCAUUUGCCGAUGUGGAAAAGCUAGAUUUGUUGUGGGAAGAUAACGGUGGCAUGCAAUUCCAUUUGAGUAAUUUAUUCAACGGCGACAAGGCCUUGGAGGACAGUGCCCACGCGUUGCUAAAUGCAAAUUGGCGUGCAAUUUUUGAAGUUCUCCGCCCAGCUUUGAGUCAAACUAAUAAAAUUGUUGUUAAAGAUAUUUUAAGUAAAAUAAUGGCCUAUGUACCGGUACACUAUUAUUUGGAAUAAAAAACAUUUUGGAAAA